ACUCGCGCGCCGCAGCCACCGCUCCCCGCCAUGGAGCGCUCCCCGCUGCGCGCCCUGCUCCUCGGCGCCGCCGGCCUGCUGCUCCUGCUGCUGCCCCUCUCCUCUUCCUUCUCUUCCGACGCCUGCGGCCGCUGCGAGCCGGCCGCCUGCCCGCCCCUGCCCCCGCUGGGCUGCCCGCUGGGCGAGACCCGCGACGCGUGCGGCUGCUGCCCGGUGUGCGCCCGCGGCGAGGGCGAGCCGUGCGGGGGCGGCGGCGCCGGCAGAGGGCACUGCGCGCCGGGCAUGGAGUGCGUGAAGAGCCGCAAGAGGCGGAAGGGUAAAGCCGGGGCAGCAGCCGGCGGCCCGGGCGUGAGCGGCGUGUGCGUGUGCAAGAGCCGCUACCCGGUGUGCGGCAGCGACGGGACCACCUACCCCAGCGGGUGCCAGCUGCGCGCCGCCAGCCUGCGGGCCGAGAGCCGCGGCGAGAAGCCCAUCACCCAGGUCAGCAAGGGCACCUGCGAGCAAGGUCCUUCCAUCGUGACACCCCCCAAGGACAUCUGGAAUGUCACGGGUGCCCAGGUGUACUUGAGCUGUGAGGUCAUCGGAAUCCCCACCCCUGUCCUCAUCUGGAACAAGGUAAAAAGAGGUCACUAUGGAGUUCAGAGGACAGAACUCUUGCCUGGUGACCGGGACAACCUGGCCAUUCAGACUCGGGGGGGCCCAGAAAAGCACGAAGUAACUGGCUGGGUCCUGGUGUCUCCUCUCAGUAAGGAAGAUGCUGGAGAAUACGAGUGUCACGCAUCCAAUUCCCAAGGCCAGGCUUCAGCAUCAGCAAAAAUUACAGUGGUUGAUGCCUUGCAUGAAAUACCAGUGAAAAAAGGUGAAGUUGCCAAGCUAUAAACCUACAGAGGGUAUCAGUCUGCACAGCGUAGCCAUGGAUAACUACGACCCCUUUUCUUACCUAAUAACUCUUUUCUUCUCACCCAGUCCUCUAACGCUUUAGUUAUAGUAACUGGUUUUACACAGAAAUACAAAAUAAAGAUAACACAUCAAAUCUAUCUACAAAAAUUUAUUAUCUAUUUACAGAAGGAGGCAUGCAUAUCAUUAAACAAAACAAAUAAAAUGCUUUUUCUUGCAA